AUGGAAGACGAGGACAGCUGCAAGUUGAAACUCAGCAAACACAUCGGCAGGCGUCCUCCCACUUCCAUCGUCGAGUUCACCAACGGGAGCGUCGACUUCUCCGCCCCGCGAACCCUCCAGUUCGACAGGUAUCGAUCGAGCGCGGAAUCGGAUUCGAAGCGGAUCAUGAACGCCACGAACGGACGCCUGAACUACUGCGGCGAAUCGCAGCUGGCGGACGGACCCCUCCGAUACUUCGUGGGGGUCCGGAACAAGCGAACGGGCACGAUGAAGCUCUACGACACCGAGUUCUUCCGCCUGAGACCGAUCCUGAAGCCACCGGAAGUGAAGCCGGAAACGAAAGAGAGGAACUACCGCAGAGACGUCGACGAUCUCGUCACCAAUUUCGGGAGCAAGAUGGGAAAACGGAUCUUGAGCUCCCGUCUGAGUAGAACAGUAGACCCCGCCCACAUGGAAGACAGCUUGGAUAAUUUGACGAUAGACGACAGCGUCAACAUGUCACCACAAAUAGACCCCGCGGACAACAUCGACUACAUCCCUGCCAAGAACGUCGAAGCGUUGACUCCCGAAGACGUCUACGACAUUGACGACAUCGUCACGAAAGAAGAGUACCGUUCCCUCGGGGAUUUGGCGGCAAAACUGACGAAUGCCACCCCCGAAGACAUAGCCCGAUGGAAAGCGGAGAAAGUCUACUGCAAAUACGUCUUGAGCCAUCUUGAAGACGGAAUCGACGAUUCCCGGAAAGCCAAGCUCCUCGCGUACUACAACCUGAUGUCCACUUUCAUAAACUACCCCUACACGGAGUUUCGCAAGAAGUCCGCCGCCGUAGAAAUCCCCGAACCUUUUCGACGGAGACUGCUCGAUGAUUUCACGGUGACUUCGACGACGACAAUGGGGAGGAAUCAGAGGUCGUUUCCGCCGAAGAUGAAGGACAAGCUCCUCUCCCACAUGAUCGUCUUGGCGCUGUUCGUCGACGAUUUCUGCUCGGAUUCGGGCCUCAUUCAUGCCGACGUGAAAUUCGGUCUGGUCCACCUGUUGAGCGUCGCUCAACUCCUCGGAUGUUACGUCAGGAAGAAGACCACCCCCAGUGUCGUCAAGCUGAUUGAACUGCGGGUGCCUUUGAAUGUUUUUAACCCCAAGGUUUUUAGAAAGAAGAAUUUUUAGAGAUUUUAGAACUCGACUUUUGAUGUCUACAUC